UGAAAAGUCAAAACCUCAAAACCGAAAAGUCUGAAUCGUUUAUAGUUACUACUUAUUCUUGUUAUUAAUAUUUAAUACACUAGAAAUAAAUUAAAAUGGUUAAAUAGUUUUUAUAUAUUAAAGUAACCACAGAAAUGGUUGUCAACGCGCCAGAUUCUCCAAUACAGGCUGAAGUGAUUUUUGUUGUUGAAGCAACUUCGGCUAACAGCGCGUACAUAAGCGAAUUGAAAACGAAUUAUAUUAUACCAACUCUAGAGUACUUCCAUGGUGGAGCGAUAGAGGAGGGAGUGGGUAGUGGUUCGGUAUAUGGUAUAGUCACUUACCAAGCAGCAGACUGUCAUCCAGACCUUCCCGUCUCGACAUAUGGCCCCUUUACAUGCCCACAGAAUGUUGUGGAUACUAUUGAUAAGUUACAGUUUAUAGGAGGUCAUGCAGAGAGUAGAGCAUGUGUCACAGAGGGGCUAACAGCAGCCCUGGCAUGCUUAGAAGACCUUGGCCGUUCGGACAUCCCUCUACAUGUGAUACUAUUAUGUUGCUCACCACCAUAUUCAGCAUAUACAGGCGGAUUGGUGCCACCUGGAGCUCCAGCAACAGUGGAACAAGCUGCAAAACUAAUCGGUGAGCGUGGCGCUCAGUUGUCUGUGGCUGCAGCUAAAAAGCUCCCCGCUUUACUGGCGCUUUAUGAGCAUGCUGGCGGAGAACUGCAUGCUGCUCAACAGAGAAAUUAUGCUAAGGACCCUCGACAUCUAGUUUUACUACGUGGUUACAGUCUGAAAGAACGACCACCAAGUCCAGCACCACCACCUCCAGUGCCUGAAGUACAGCCUGAAGUGUAUAGCCAAAACCGUCCACCGGUACCGCAGCAACGAGCCCCACCUGCACAGUUUCAACGUAGUACAAUUGGUCCAGUGAGAAACAAUUGGCUGGCCCCUCCUCGCCAGGCCCCCUACGCUAAUUCCGCUUUACUGACACAACUAUCGCAACCAUCCUAUCCUCCACCUCCCACACAGGCCAGCAUGCAGCGGCUGCAGGGCAUCCAGGCGGGCCCGUCGUCGGCGGGCGUGUUCGCGGCGGCGCCGGCGCCCGCGCAGCGCACCUACAUCUGGAGCGGGGUGCUCGAGUGGAUGGAGAAGGGGAAGACGCCCGGGGACCAGAAGGUCACCAGGCAUCUGCCGUGUCAGGUAUCUGCAAAUUCAAAAGAUGCAGAACCAGAGCUGAAAGUGGACACUUGGCCCAAUAAGCUAGUGAUGCAGCUGAUGCAUAAACAACUGAUCAGCAACAUCGGCGGCCAGUACCUCAAGGACAGCAAGUCGGUGCUGUUCCACCUACAACAGAACGAGGCGCUAGAAGCUCUCACCAAGAUCAUGGUUAAUGGAUUUGCUGGAUGUGUACAUUUCUCGCCAACUACGUCACCUCCGCAGUGCGACAUCAAGGUGCUGAUCCUGCUGUACACGCCGGACAAGAAGGCCUACCUCGGCUUCAUACCCAACAAUCAGGCCACCUUCGUGGAUCGGCUGCGGAAGGUGAUCCAGCAGCAGAAGAUGAACAAACAGAUGCCGACUCCCGCCAUGACCGGUGGCCAAAAUAUAGGUACCGGUAAUAUGCAAUCUGGAAUGGGCAUGGGCGGUGGUGGGGGGAUGGCGGGCUCGAUGUCGGCGAUGCCCUCGAUAUCAAACCAACAGAAUCAGCAACAUCAGCAGGGUAUGAUGAUGAGCAGCAACAUGGGUACUCCAGUUGGCCAAGUCAACCAGGGACAGAUAAGCCAAGUAAGUCAAGUCGGCCAGGCCGGCCAAGUGGGCCAAGUGGGGGGGAAAGGUCCUCGUGGUGCCCCUCUGGAUGGCCUGGAGGCCGCCCGCCAACAAAAUCUUGAGAAGAUCCAACACUUGCAGCAGACCCUGGAGGCGGCUCACCAGCAGGAGGCGCAGUUCAAGUCCCAGAUGGACAUAAUGUCGCACCUCCACGCCGCCCAGCAACAGGAGCAACAUUACAAGCAACUAGAGGAGCAGCAGCGCAAGGCGCAGCUGCAGGCGCAGCUCCAGCAGCUGCGCGGGGCCGGCGCCCGCCUCGUGCGCCCGCUGCUGCCCGCCAACCCGGGCCUGAGGCAUCUGCUGCAGCAGCAGCCGCAGUACCGGCCGGGCAGCGGCGCUGUGCGGCCGAACUCGCAAGCACAGCAGUACGAUGAAAUGUCUAAUUACAAUGAUUUUAUAUGAAAUAAACAAAUUGUUUAAAAAA